UCUUUUUUUCCCCCCUUCCUUUCUUGUAAACCCUAGAUUCCGUUCUUUCUUAACCUUCGUGAAACCCUAAGUCUCCCCAAUUAUUUUCUUGAUGCCUGGAUUCUGUCUUUCUGAUAAACCCUAGAAUCGACGUCAAAAUUGGAUUUUCUUGGUUGAUUUAGGGAGAGGGAGCCUCGUACAUGUUAUCUGAUCUCUUCGGAGUCGAUGAUGUCGUCAUCGAUGAGCAGGAUGGAACGGGUGUUAUCGGAUAGGAGUAAAUUUGCCAGCUUAAAGUAAGAGCGUGAAGAGAUGCGUAAAUAGUGUUUUUAUGAUUGGAUCGGGUGUGGUGUAGGUGUGGUUGAUUUCUUGGAUUGGGAUUGUUUGGUGUAAGGGCGUCCAGUUAUGGAUGUACUGCGGAGUUGGAAUGGUAGAUUAAGGUGCUGAUUAAUUCCAUCGAACAGAUCAUGUGCAUAUUUUGUGGUAGAAGGUGGUGUGACUGAGCGGUACUGAUGGACUUUUGCUAUUAUUUUGAUAAUCAAAUGGGUAUUAUUGGAUGAAAGUAAAUCUGCAAUUUUUCUAGAGAACUUUUCUUGGUGAUGAGUAAGAGCAAGAAUUAAAUAAAAGAAGAUUUGGAUUGUGCGUAGAAGGCAAGGGUGAUUUCUUGGAUUAGGGUUAUUUGGUGUUUCAGAGACCAUUUUUAAUUGACUUAGAGAGCUGAAUGAUAGAUUAACACAGAGAUUAUUUAUAUCAAACGGAUCUUGUGCGUUAUUUGAGGGUGAGCCCUUGGCGCAACUGAAAGGUUGCUCCACUGUGAUCUGGAGGUCAUGGGUUUAAAACAUGAAAGCAUUUUCUGGUUGAAUAGGUUACAUACAUCUGAUCCUCCACUAGACCCCGCGAUAGUGGGAGUGCACUACGCCGUCCCUUUUUUUUAGAUCUUAUACUAAAAUGUGGCAAGUCUGAGAGGUACUGAGCUAGUGAUGAGUGAUGUUUAUAGUUGUGUCUGGUGCUGUUAAAAGGAGUUUAUGUUUAUAGAAAAUGUCGAUUAGAAAAUUACAUACAUCUAGAUUUGGUUUUAACAUCUAAGGUAUAAACAUUCAAAGAUCAUAAAUACAACCACUGUUGCAUUCCUUUGUAUUUUAAGUAUUUGUUGAGGUACUUGAAUGCUCAUGUGUAAAUAGUAUUAAAAGGACCACUUGUCUCACUUAGUGGUUAUUUCCCCUGAUAAUUACAGGAUCAUGCUCAAGAUCCCACACUUUCUAGUAUGCUAUAUAUUGUUAUUACGGGCUGUUGAUUUAUCUUUGUAAGUGUGUUAGCAUAAGCACACUAUGAUUUAGGACCAUAAUGUUGACAAAGUUAUGGGCUUCUCAACAAGUGAUGCCUUGUUUUAGAUGGAUAACUAGAGUUCUUGUAAUAGCAAUGUCAUGCAAGUAUUCCAUAUCACUGUUAGCUAAAUGUCAAAAAGAGUAAAUGGCGUUAGAAAUUCACCCAUCAUCCUUUGUGUCAUGCCAAGAAUAGUGAAUUCCCAAAGGAAACCUAGAUUGACCAAAUUUAUAGAUAUAUUCUGCAAUAUUUUGUGGUUGUGAUGAUAAUUUACGGACUAAGUAUGUAAUAUAACACCAGUGUAUAUGAUGUAAAAAUAAUGCUGAAUGAUAACUACAGUUAUAUGCCAUUUUUUAAGCAUUCUCUUAGUUUAAGUCUUUUUACAAGUACAAUUGUACUGAUAGCAGUAUUUUCUUUUUAAAUUAGGGUUUCGAGAGGCAUCUAGUGGUACCUAAUGUUGUGUGUUUUUGUGCCUACACUCACAAUAUAUGAGGAAGGGUAUUUGAUUCAGUUCUUUGAGAAUAGAACUGUCAAAUAAAUGAGACAUCUCUUUUUCAGUGGUGAGAUCCUCUGUUCUGAACCUGCUUGACUAUAAAUUAUUGAUCUAUGAGGCAACUGACUCAAAGACCCUACCAUCAAAGGUAUUCUUUGCUUAUUUCAGGGUACUGCUAUAAUGCUGCAAGAACUUAGCAGUCUACUAAUUUUCUAUUCCUAAUUCAUGUCUUGGUGGGCUUAGGUUUGUAUAGUUAAAAUUUGCCAGUGGCUAUACAUAUGACCUAGAUAAAAUAAAGAAUCUUGAUAGAAGUGGAUAGAAUCCAAACAAUCUUGGUUGGCUGAAGUUUGAGAGUGGCUUGUUGUGUCCCUUCUCUGGCUUAUGAAAUGGGAGAUGUGAAAAUUAAGCCUAUUGAAUAACAAUACAUGCAGGUUGUGAUAGUCCUUGUCAUUUUUCUUUUUCUUUGAGGAACUUGUUUUCAAAUGUAUGUCCAGUUAAAAUAAGAUGUCAGAACUUUUUUUAUUAUUACUACCUCAUCCUUUAGAUGUGCAUGUAAUAUGUUCUUACAGUGUCCAUGCUUAUGUGUCCGCACCUUUGUGCCCACCUUUGGUUCAAAUACACAGCCUCAAAUUUUGUUAUGAUGUUGCCUCUUGUUUAUUAAAUUUCUUGUAUAUUUUUAACACUCUGUAAUUUUUAUCGUUCUGAACUGAAGUUGCAGAAAUCAAUCACCUGGGAAGUCCAGUAGGAGUUUUUUUUCCAGGUUAUGGUCAUUGAUCUAUAGCAUGGACAUGACAUAGGUCUUUCCAUCUGAAGGAAAUUGAGGAAGAUUAUUGUGGAUAUUAAAAUUGAAUUGCCAAUUUAUAUGCAUUUACACAUGAAAUGGGGUGUCGUGGAAGGCCAUUAUUUGACCUUAAUGAACUCUCAACUGGAGAGGAAGAUGAGAAAGAUAGUGUUGUCCUUCUCCAGCCCCAAAAGUCCAUUCCUAUUUCAAAUCCUUGCACCUCAGGCUUGUUUCCAGCAUCAGAAGGUUGUCAGCGGAUAGUGAAUAACCAUGCAUUCACACAUGCUUCUUCGGGUUCAGGCUUUCAGCCUUUUGUAAGGAAUAAAGACCCACAGAACUCAAAGGAGAGCUACAAACAUAAUCCUGAUGCCGAUUGUUCAAAUGCGAACCAAGCCUCCACAUCAAUGUCUACAAGUCAUAGUGAGGAUGAUAAAGUUUCAGCAUUGGUGUCAUCCAGUAAUCAGGAUCCUCAAGCUGCUGAAAGGGAAGAAGGGGAAUGGUCUGAUAUAGAGGGCAAUGUUUAUGCAGUUGAAAGCAAUGCUAGCAAUAAGCAUGACGAUGUCAAUUCUGAAAUUUCACAGAUGCAAAGAGCAACUGAAGAAAGUAAGCCUGUACCUAUGAAGGCUGAUGAGAAUAGUUGCAGUGAUUCUAGUCUCCUCGGACCUAACAAUAAUGAAGUUGGAGAUGCUUCUAAAGAUGCAAAGGUUCAAGGCCCAUCAGGAUCAGAGAAUAACAGAACUUCACACUGUAAUUCAAAAGGAGAUGUACUGGCAGAUGGCUUGGUAGAAUCUUCUUCAAUUGCCAAGCCCAAAGAGGUCAAAGGAGUUGAGGCCAGUUAUGCGUUGAGAUUUGCAAAUAAUCCUGCAAAGAGACCAAAGCUUGAUGAGCAUAAGGAGGCAAUGUUAGGUAAGAAAAGAGCCAGGCAGACUGUUUUUAUUAAUGUGGAGGAUGCUAAGCAAGCUGGUCCUAUGAAAUCUUCAACACCUAGGAGGCAGACUUCUUUUCCAACACCUAUUAUUACUCGUUCUGUGAAAGACACGACUCGUGCUAGCCCUGGUGGUGUUGAAAGGGCUGCAGAAAGACAGAGUCAGCCCAUGAGCAGGGAUCAGAAACAAGCUGACAUGGCAAGCAGUGAAGGAAGUAAUCCUGUGGAGUCAAGUUACCAAAAGGCUGAUUCUAAUGGUGAUGCUAAUCCAGGAUCAAUAUCUUGCUCUAAGAAGAUGAACAACAAUGAGUUUUCUUCAGAAGCUUGCCUACCACCGAUUCCAAGACAGGUUUCAUGGAAGCAGCCUGUAGACUCCAGGCAGUAUAAGAACCCACCCAUUUCAUGCCGAAAACCUUCUGUCACAGGUCAGAGCACGUCAGAUCAAAAAUUGGGAAGCAAAAAACAUCUUCCCUCUAAGAAGCAGACUUCAAACAACCUCCAGUACCAAGAUACAUCAGUGGAACGGCUUCUCAGGGAGGUGACGAAUGAGAAGUUCUGGCAUCAUCCAGGAGUAACAUGUUCAUGUGAUGAGAGGGACACAGAGCUGGGCAGCGGUCUCGGGGUCUCGAGUUCUUCCCACGCUUCUUUGCCGAACUCUUCAAGACUCAACCUCCCGAGCUCUUCAGGGGUUGAGGAUCGCCCUGAGAGGAGGCCCUACUACCCCGAGUGGUUGGUCUUCGAGGACGACUCGGCCCUCCACAACAGUAAAGUCGCUCGCGAGGUCGUCCGUUGUGCGUUGCUUCCAGCUGACCGAGCCGAGCUCGAAGCCGGCGGGGUCAGCGAUUUUGUUGACCAGGUCUAUUGCUCCGCCGUCCGACACCUCCAUGAAAUUGACAUGCUAGCUUCGGCGGCGGCUAGCUAUCAAAACCAGGCCUGGAAGAGCCAGAAGGGGCAGGAGGUCGUGGAGAAGAAGCUCGCCGAGGCCGAGGCCAGGUGGAAGGAAUCCACCGCGAGGGCGGAAGUCGCCGAGUCCGAGCUCAAGCUUAAGGCUGAGCACCUUGAGGAGGAGGAGGCUUCGCACGCUCUCACCAGGUCGGCGCUUCGUGCCUCCGAGGCACGUUUAGCCGACGCCCAGUCUGUGCUCGUGGGCCAAAAGUACGAGGCGGGGAUCCUUCGGCUGAAGAUCGAGCAACUUGAAGCUCGAGAGAAGAAGGCCAUGGAGCAAGCUCGGAAUGCGGUGCAGAUUUUUCGCGAGUCAGCCGAGUACCGAGAGGAGCUAGAGGAGGAGACGGUCGAUGGGUUCAUCCGCGGCUUCGAGAAUUUUCGGGCCCAGGUGCUAAGGCUUUGCCCCAAGCUCGACUUCAGCAAUAUUCGGCCUCGUUUGUUAGGGGCCGCUGAGGAUGACAGCGCACCCGAGAGUCCCGAAGCCGAGACCGAGCUGGCGGUCGUCGAGGCCGAGACCGGGAUGGCUCUGAAGGUCGCUCACGAGAUCCCAUCUGGAGAAGCUUCAUAGGGUGCUCCUGAAGUGGCUCCUGAGGCUGCUCCCGAGGCUUCUCCAGUGGACUGCCCCGAGGCCGGUGCCGAGGUCGCCACUACUUCCGAGGCGGCCUGAGAUUCUGCCUUCUUCUUCUUCUUCUUUUUUCGUCAUUUGUAAAUGAGGUUGGCUGCUGAAACCAUUGUACGGUUAAACGGGCCGACCUCAGGACCAGCAUUUUUGUACUUAGUCUUGGGCUCUUUAUCAAUAAAAUAUAUACUUUCUUCAAUUUUGUU